AUUAAUCUGCUUAAAUUUUGUAUUUUGAGGUGACUGCUGAGUUCGUUUGCUAUUCAGUUUUAGUUCUGGUCUCGAAGUAGACAAAAGUGCAAAUUACAGUGAGAAAAAUUAAAGGGUUGGCCGUAAAAAUCGGGAAUAUAUUUAAUUAAAAGUGAAUAAAAUUAUGAAAUUUAUCGCAAUUUUUUGCCUUAUCGCGGCAGCAUCUGCCCAAAAUGUAGUUCCAACAGAGUUCCUUGCUCAGAUCUUCCGUAAUGAGACAACGCCAACUCCUCAACAAAACUUCCUCGCACUCGGUGUCAUGAUUAAUCAACGUCACAUUAUCACAGUCGCUCACGUGCUCCAUGCAGUUCCAACUGAUCAGCUUCGCGUUCAUUUACAAUCAGCAACAUUCAGAGAAGCAGUUGAUGUCCGUGGUGUUGAUGUCGCAAUAGUUCAUAGUCAAUUCCUUAUUGCCAAUCCACGUGUCAAUAACAUUGCCAUCCUUCGAAUUCCAUAUUCAGCACUCACAUCAGUCACAACAAGACCAAGAAUGUUGGGAACAUUGACACCACGUGCAUGUCGUACCUUCAUGUUCCCUGGAUGGUUUGGUAAUGUCGUCACAACUGACAUUAAUGUUACAGCAACAGACUGUCCACCAAAUACACCAUUCUGCACACCAAGAUUCCCAUUAGGUCAAACUAUUUCAUCAUGUACAGGUGUAACUGGAUCUCCAGUCAUUUGUGAGGAUGGAAACUUUGUUGAUGGCAUCAAUAUCGCUGAGAUGGACUGCGGUGACAUGGCAUUCCCAUUACAAGCACAAAUGUCAUUCUUGAGCAUCCACGAGCAUGUCAAUUGGAUCAUUUAUCAUUCAGAUGCCAACAUUAAUUCCAAAGUUUCAGUCAUGUUAGUCCUUUUGGGGGUUGUCUUUGGAAAGAUUCUAAUGUAAAGGCAUCCGGGGAGCUUAAAGGAUUUAUUUUUAAUUUUACUGUAUUCAUGAUAAGAUUGAAAAAGAUUUCUUGUGACUGAUAAGAUAAAAAGUUAAUGAAAAAAUCAUGAUUCUUGUAAAUCUGGUAGAAUAAAUAUCAAAAAAAUGUUAUUUUUUUCUAUAAAUGGUUUUUUGUUGUUUUAUUGGAGCUUGAUGAGGUUUAUGUGGAUUAGGAACGAAUAAAGAUUUAUUUUGAUAACG